CGGUGGCACAGUUCUGAACCUGAAGUUAGCUAGGCAGAGCUGAUGAAGCCUUCAUAGGUUGCAAGUGAACAGAAACCAGCAAUGUCAAACAAAGAAGUAAAAUCUACCUUGAAAAAUGCAAGGGAAGCCAUCAAAAACAAAGACUAUAAAGAGGCCUUGAAACACUGUAAGGCUGUCCUGAAGCUGGAGAAGAACAACUACAAUGCGUGGGUGUUCAUUGGGGUGGCAGCGAGUGAGCUGGAGCAGCCAGACCAGGCCCAGACCGCCUACAGGAAGGCCUCGGAGCUGGAGCCCGACCAGCUGCUAGCAUGGCAGGGGUUAGCAAACCUGUAUGAAAAAAGUAGUGAGACAGCUUUCAAAGCUGAACUGCCAAAGGUCUACCAGAAACUCAUAACGUUGUAUGAAAGUUCAGACACAGUGAAAUGCUAUGAGGUGAGCAAGAAAUUGGUCGAUAUCUAUCAUACGGAGAAGAAUCAUUUACAGGUAGCGAGGUUAUGGCGGAGGCUGAUCCAGCUGAAGGAGGAGGCGGGGGAGGGGGUGGAAAAGGCGGAGGUGCUGCAGAUGUGGAAGCAGAUGACCGAGCUGUUGGCCGACAGGGUAGAGGAGCAGGACAACGAGACUCAGCAACAUCUAAUAACAGCUUUUGAAAAGGCCAUGACCCUGACGGACAACGGUCCGUCAGAAGACCAUCGGAAGCUCUCAACCAGUUACAUUACCUGUUUAUCAAAACUCCCCCAUGAAGAUGCGAAGAUGAAGGAGGCCUGUGAAUCCAUGCUGUCACUCUAUCCUGAACAAGCUUUCCCAUUGGAAGUCCUCUGCACUCACCAUCUCCAAUCAGGUGUCUGUAGUGAGGAGGCCGCCCAGUGCUUCGCACGGCUCUUGGAGGUGGAUGCAGACAGUGGACCAGCCCACAUAGGCCUGGGGAUGAAGGCUCUGGAAGAGGGGAAAUACGAGGAGGCCAUCAAGUGCCUGGCUCAGGGACUGAAGCGCCUGCGGUCCAGUGCGGUGGGCUGGUACAGUCUGGCUCGAGCCCAGCAGAAAAUGCACCGCUACCCGGACAGUGUGGUCUCCUGCAGCCAAGGGCUGAAGGCGAUUGGCAGUGGUGGAAGGGAAGAGGAGUUGAGGCGGAGACUCCUGCAGCUGAAGGCGGAGGUUUUGUUGAGGAGUGGGGGGGAGCAGAACGUCGACGAGGCCCUGGACAUUCUCGCACAGCUCCCAGAUGCUGACAAUGACCCUGUUCUGGUGGCCUUGAAAGGAAGAGCAUAUCUGCAGAAAGGGCUUGCUGACCAAGCAUUUCAGGUGUCCUCAGAGCUCCUGGAGUCUCACCCCAGCCAAACUGAAGUCCUGGUUCUGAGGGGACUGGUAUACUUGGCCCGAAACGAGCUGCAGCUGGCUGAGCAAAGCUUCCUGAAGACAGUUGGGCACAACCCAGAUUCGGGGGAGUCCUACUUCCUCCUGGGGCGGCUGUACUGGGACAUGGGGGAAGAGACACGGCGGGACAAGGCCAAGGCCCACACCCACCUGCUGAAGGCUGCAAAGCUGGACCCUCAGCGGGGCUCUGUGUUCCGGUACCUGGGCCACUACUACAGAGAUGUGGGUCGAGACAAGGUCAGGGCCAGGGGCUGCUACAAGCGAGCGUUCGAGCUUGACAGCACAGACGCCGAGUCUGGGGCGGCCACCGUGGACCUCAGCAUGGAGCAGGGAGACAUGGACUCUGCUCUGGCGGUCCUGAGGACGGUGACUGAGAAGGCCACUCCUGGUUCUGCAAAGUGGGCGUGGAUGAGACGAGGGCUGUACCAUCUAAAGAUUGGCCAGCACCCCCAGGCCAUUGCAGACCUGCGGGCGGCCCUCAGGGCAGACCCCCAGGACUGGGUCUGCUGGGAGUGUUUGGGAGAGGCCUACCUGAACAGCAGGAGCUUCACGGCGGCGCUGAAGACCUUCAACAGAGCCCAUGAGCUCCACCCGGACUCCAUCUACAGCCUGUACCAGAUGGCGGCCAUCAAGCAGACCCUGGGGAAGUUCAAGGAGGCCGUGGGAGAGUACAUGCAGAUCAUCAGCCGGGAGGACUACGUCCCAGCACUGAAAGGUUUGGGUGAGUGCUAUCUGGCUUUGGCUCGAGCUGCGAUGGAAGACUAUCUGGACGGGCGGGCGGUUGACCUCAUUCAACUGGCCAUUGGGUGCCUCUUCAGAGCAGUACAGCAGCGCCCGGAUUUGUCCUGCCUCUGGAAGCUGCUGGGAGACGUCUGCACCUCAGCCCACAUAGUGUCCCCCAACCGAGCCGUAGUACUGGUACCAGGUCUACUCUCAGGGCUGGAUCCCCCGGACCAGAACCACUCGCUCAACCAGACCCAGAUCCUCAAGCUCGGAGAGAGCUGCUAUGGCCGAGCGCUGAAGCUCAUGCCAGAGGCCGCUAAUUUGUGGUAUGACCUUGGCCUGAACUACCACCAUCAGUCCCGUCGGCUGAUUGGCCAGGUGGAAGACGGGGAGUCCCGCCAGCUGCUCGACAAGUCGGUGCAGUGCAUCAAGAAGGCCGUAAUGCUGGACAGCAGUAACCAUAGCUACUGGAAUGCGCUUGGGGUCGUGUCCGUGAGCAAAGGAAUCGAAAACUUCGCUCUUGCUCAGCACUCCUUCAUUAAGUCUGUGAACCUGGGAACAAAUAAUGUCACAGCUUGGACAAACCUGGGGGCUUUGUAUUUGAAGAAGGAGAAUAUUGAGCUCGCCCACGAGGCCUUCAAGAUCGCCCAGUCUCUGGAGCCACUGUAUGUCAAUUGCUGGAUUGGACAGGCCCUGAUUGCAGAAACAGUGGGGAGCUACGACACCAUGGAUCUGUUCAGACACACCACCGAGCUCAGCACUCAUACGGAGGGUGUGAAAGGCUAUGCUUACUGGGUGUGCUCCACGCUGCUGGACAAGAGCAACAGGGACUCAGAGCUGUACCGCUACAACAUCGUCCAGAUGAACGCCGUCUCCGCGGCCCAGGUGGCCCUGAGCAAGUACACAGAGAGAAUCCAGACCGAUCCAAGUGCGUUCGUCAUGCUGGGCUACCUCAAUGAGCACCUGGAUCUGAGAAAGCAGGCCACUCAGGCCUAUCAGAGGGCUGUGGAGCUGCUGGAGCCCACGGGACGGACAGAGGAGCUGAGCUUCGCCCUCAGGAACUACGGCCGCGCCCUCUGUAACACUGGCCAAUGGGAGGAAGCAGUGCGCAUCUACUCCUCCACACCACUGGAGGAGCUGCAUGACCUCACGGGACAGGCGCUGGCAUACUUCAGAGCUGGCCUCCUGCAGGACAGCGUGAAUGCGUACGAGAGGGCCCUGGCGGUGGCCUCCACUGAGAAGGAGAGGGCCUACAUCCUGACAGCGCUGGGUCUGCUGCAGCACAGGCAGGGCAGCAUGGACACAGCCAAGACCCUGCUCUUCAAGUGCUCCAUGCUGAAGGAGCCCAUUGCGGAGAGCCUGCUUUCCCUGUGCGCUCUGGGCCUGGUGCACAGGGACGCCACCCUGGCCAGCGCCGCACUCACCGAGUUGCUGAAACUGAGGGGGGGCGGGGACUCCGUGGAGGAGCGCUGCCUGCUCACCUGCGCCCUGCUGGCCCUGCAGGGGAACUACAGCGCUGUACAGAGGGAGGCUGCCCGCGCUGUGCACAGUAACCCAGGCAGCCCCUGUCUCUGGGCUCUGCUGUCCCGACUGGUGCCACAGUACUACCCCAAAAAGGCCAACGGUGGCGCGGUAGCUGGGAGUGUGGCCUGUCAUUCCAGCAUGACUCAGGGAAAGAAGGCGCUGCUGUACAGUGGAGUGAACCAGCUUGCGUGUGGCAGGCACUCGGGUGAAGACGAAAGCCGGAAUGCCUUGAAGACCAUACAGAGGGCGGCGCUGCUUUGCCCCGAUGACCCGGCGGUGUGGGCCGCCCUGAUGGCGGCGUGUCACACGGAGAACACCGCCUGCUCGCUCUCGGGCUCCGCCCCCCGCAGACAGGGCCUGGAGGGCGUGCUGAUGGCCCGGGUGUCCGAGAAAGUGAAGGCAGUGGAGGAGCAGGAGAAGCCCCUCGCUCAGGCCCUGGAGGGCUGGGUUCUACAGCAGGCCGUGUCCGGACUCGAACAGGCCGGCCAGCGCUCUGAGGCCGAGGCCCUCUGCACCCAGGUUCUGAGCGUGUCCCCGGAGCAGCCCGCCGUGUUCCUGUUGCUGCGGCAGGUUCAGUGUGAGAGCCUCCUGCUGUCCGGUUCCGGCACCAGCCUUCCCGCCGCGGUCCUGGACCAGCUCAGCGCCGCCGUCCUGGCCAAUCACACCUCCGUGUCCGCCUGGCACUGGCUGGCGGAGGUGUACCGGACGCAGGGGCUUCUGGUCCAGGCAGUGAUGGCCUACAGACAGAGCCUCCAGCUGGCCUCUCAGCUGGGCCUCUUCAGCGGGAAGCUGGCGAGUUUGCUGCGGCUGGCCCUGCUGGCCCUGGCCCCCUGCAUGGCAAACGUCCCUGGCAGUGAAUGGAAGGACCUGGUUUUGGAGGCCACCACGGAGGCCCUGAAGCUGGGCCCCUGUCCCAUGGCUCUACUCUUCCAGGCCCUUCUGCAGUUCUCCCUAAAAAUGGGUGCCAGGGAAACACGUCGCCUGUUAGAGAGGAUCGUCUACCCCUCCGGCCAGGCGUACCCCGAAACCGUGGUGUCCGUGGCACGCUGGUACCUCCUCCGCCACCUCCACGCCAAGGAUGACCAGGAGCUGAUGGACACUCUAAUGGACGAGGCCAGAGCCUGCGGGGACUCCAGACUCAUGGACUUCCACAAGCAGCUGUGCUCUUAACGCCGGCUCAGACCGCAGGCACAUCGGGGAACGCAGCGUCAUCAGCAACACAGCCAAUCCACAUCCAGUACAGACCUUGCACUUAAAAACUGUGUCGCGUGUGUCUGACGCACUGAACCCAGGGUGCGUUAAUCAAAUGUAAAUGUUUACUGCCGUGAAAAGGAAUCAUGUUUAACUGUGAGCUGCCCAGGCAUGGCGCUUGGGGACGAGCACUUGCAGCACGGCCAAGCUUCCGCAUUGGGUGCUGUGUUGAAGAAAAUGGCAGGAGCUGCCUGUGCGGUGACAUUUCCCCGUCCUGACAGACUGCGUGGGACAGCUCUGCAGUUUUUAAGAUGAUGCCUCCUGUCCGUGAGACUGCAGGGCGAGAGAGAGCAUACAGCAGGAGCCAGAAAAGGGAUUUUGUAAGGCUUGAGAUUCCUCGCCCUGGACUUCCUCAGAUGGUCUUAAUGCUAACAUACUUGUCAGCAGCUACGUGCUUUCUCUGGUGUGCAAAUGUGCUUUAUGCUUGAGAUGAGGAAAAUUCUCCAAUUAACAGAAUUCACAAAUCUGUAUUUACCAAAGCGGGAG